UCUUCCUUCUUCUCAUCGGUCCUCCUCACAGUUACAGUGAGCUGAGAGAGGAAUGUCGAAGCUCAUUCUUCUCCACACUUCUCCGAUCCACCGCCGCGCCUUCAACGCCGUCGUUUCGACCUCUCUCUCCAAACCUCUCUUCACUCCCACCUCCCUCCGCUUCCUAUGCCUCCGCCCCCAAUUCAUCUCUCCCUCUCCCCCUCUUUCUCUGCGCAGCAUCUCGGCUCGCGCCUUCGACUCGUCUCCGUCGUCGACGGAUACCAAAGAAGACGAAUCGAAGGAGAGCGAUGGCGAGAUCGUAAAUAAAUCCAAAACAGCAGACAAGGAGUAUCCGAGCGGCGAGUUUCAGUUCGAGAAGGCGAGCGCGUGGAAGAGCUUCGUCGUCAAGCUCCGCAUGCUCAUUGCGUUCCCUUGGCAGCGCGUCAAGAAAGGCAGCGUCUUGACCAUCAAAUUGCGCGGCCAGGUAUCUGAUCAGCUGAAGAGUCGAUUUUCGAGUGGACUUUCGCUGCCUCAACUUUGUGAGAAUUUGAUUAAAGCAGCUUACGAUCCUCGAAUUUCCGGUGUCUAUCUCCAAAUUGAAAGCUUGAAUUGUGGUUGGGGCAAAGUCGAAGAAAUCCGAAGACAUAUCUUGGAUUUCAAGAAAUCAGGUAAAUUUGUUGUGGCCUAUGUACCGGCUUGCGGAGAGAAAGAGUAUUACCUUGCUAGUGCGUGCCAAGAGAUAUAUGCACCUCCAAGUGCUUAUUUUUCUUUGUUUGGUCUAACCGUUCAGGCCUCAUUCAUAAGAGGUGUUCUUGAGAAAGUUGGAAUCGAGCCACAAGUGGAAAGGAUUGGUAAAUACAAAAGUGCCGGUGAUCAACUUGCACGCAAAACCAUGUCCAAAGAGAAUUGUGAGAUGCUGACAGCAUUGCUUGAUAAUAUAUAUGGGAAUUGGCUGGAUGUGAUUUCUUCCACGAGAGGAAAGAAAAGAGAAGAUAUCGAGAAUUUUAUUAAUGAAGGAGUCUACCAAGUAGAAAAAUUGAAACAAGAAGGCUGGAUCACAAACAUACAUUAUGAUGACGAGGUUAUUUCAAUGUUGAAGGAAAGACUUGGAGUACAAAAAGAAAAAACUCUUCCUAUGGUUGAUUACAAAAAGUACUCAAGGGUUCGGCAAUGGACUGUUGGAUUAUCAGGCGGUAAAGACAAGAUAGCCAUAAUUAGAGCAUCAGGCAGCAUUACUCGUGUACGAGGCGGUUUAAGUCUUCCCGGUUCUAGUAUUAUUGGGGAACAGUUCAUUGAGAAGAUUCGCAGUGUGAGAGAAUCAAAAAGAUAUAAGGCCGCAAUCAUCCGAAUUGACAGCCCUGGAGGUGAUGCUCUUGCUUCUGAUUUGAUGUGGAGGGAAAUCAGACUUUUGGCUGCAUCAAAACCUGUCAUUGCAUCGAUGUCUGAUGUGGCAGCAAGUGGAGGAUACUAUAUGGCAAUGGCAGCAGACACCAUUGUUGCAGAAAAUCUAACCUUAACUGGUUCCAUUGGAGUUGUGACAGGAAAGUUUAACCUGGGAAAACUGUAUGAGAGGAUUGGCUUCAACAAAGAAAUCAUAUCAAGGGGAAAAUAUGCUGAAGUUCUUGCAGCUGAACAACGACCCUUCAGACCAGAAGAAGCUGAACUGUUUGCUAAGUCUGCACAGAAUGCAUAUAAGCAAUUUCGAGACAAGGCAGCUUUUUCCAGAUCGAUGACUGUAGAUAAAAUGGAGGAGGUUGCACAAGGAAGAGUUUGGACUGGUAACGAUGCAGCAUCACGAGGUUUAGUUGAUGCUAUUGGCGGAUUUUCUCGUGCUGUCGCAAUAGCAAAGCUCAAGGCAAAUAUACCCCAAGACAGACAGGUUGCGCUCGUGGAGCUCGCAAGACCUUCCCCGACGCUGCCAGAACUUUUAAGUGGCAUAGGGGCUACAUUGGUUGGAGUGGAUAGAACAAUGAAGGAAGUGCUGCAGGAGUUGACGUUUUCCGACGGAGUCCAAGCCCGAAUGGACGGAAUCAUGUUUCAGAGACUGGAGGGAGCUUCUCAGGCCAACCCCAUCUUCUCUUUGUUGAAAGAUUACUUUGGUUCCCUCUAAAACCGUAUUAUUAGCUUUCCCGUUUAUUUUUCUUCUGGGAGGGCUAAAAUUCCAUUUUUGCUAUAUCUUGUGGUCAUAUUUAUCGGAAGUGGAAGUUUUUUUUUUUUUUUUUUUGUUGUGGAGUAUUCUGUAAGCAAAUUGUACAUCUACCACAGGAUCAAGCAAUACCAAAAUAUUCGACGACUGCA